AGUCACAUGCAACAACACGGUGAAAAGUACAUGGGCAACUAUUCUUAGUCCAGGAAUGUAUACAGUCCCUGGUUUCGAUCCCUCAUGAACCAGCCUUCGGAGAACUGUGACAGCACCUUGACACUAAACAAAACCAGAAAUCACCCCCAAUGAACCUUUCACCACAGAAAGCACAAUCUUGAGAGCUUUAAUUAAUAGCUUUUAUUCUUUUCUCUUCUCUUAAAAGUCCUCUCGUGCAUGAUCUAGCCAUGGAAAGACUCAGCAGGGAAUAAACAAGCCAAAGCGACCGAAGGCAGGGGAGGAAUAAGACAAGUAUUUUGGGGGGAAAACCCACACAACCACAGAGAAUUCAUAUUUGGCUGCUGUUGACUUCUUUUCGGUUUUGUUAUGGAAGAGAAAUCCUCACAAGAUCUCCUUUUCAAAGACCAAGAUUUCUCCAGCGAACUGCUAAAGCAGCUAAAUGUUUUACGGCAAAACCAAAUUCUAACUGAUGUUGUCCUCUGUACAAGUGACACUGAAAUUCCUUGCCACAGGAACAUUCUUGCCUCAAGUAGUCCAUACUUCAAGGCCAUGUUUUGCAACAACUUUAAGGAGAGCCACCAGGAAAAGGUCAACCUCCAAGGCAUAGAUUCAGGCAUUCUCCAUUGUAUUAUACUGUAUGUCUACACUGGAGAGAUAGUCAUAACAGCAGAAAAUAUUUUGCAUUUAAUGGAGGCAGCUUCCAUGCUUCAGUACGCAAAACUGUUUGAGGCUUGUUCGGCCUACCUCCAGGAUCGGCUUACCCCCGAAAACUGUCUCAGUUUGAUUAGGCUUUCUGAAAUCUUGCAUUGUGAGACUCUCAAUAAGAAAGCCAAGGCAGUGGCUCUGAAAUAUUUCCCUGAAGUAGCCACUUCUGAAGACCUGAAAGAGCUAUGUGCCUUGGAGUUGAUAGAGUAUCUUGGGGAUGAUGAGUUGUGUGGAGAGGAGGAACAAGUUUUUGAGGCUCUCAUGACUUGGGUAAGGCAUGACCUCCAAGCAAGACAAAGCUACAUUCAAGACUUGUUCAAGAAGGUACGGCUUCAGUAUGUCCAUCCAACCUUCUUCUUCCAUUUCAUUGCCAACGACUCUCUCAUUCAGUCAUCCCCUGCUUGUAGAGUUCUGCUGGAGCUGGCAAACAAGCAGAUGUUUUCUUUAUAUAGCAUCAGUGCUCCUGAGGUCAAACCCAUGUGGCAUGUUCCUCGUAGAUAUUCCUAUCAGGAGUUCCUCCUCUUGGUUGGUGGCCGCAAAGAUAACCAACAAACAACCAAAGAUGUCUUGAUGUAUGAUGAGAAGACAGGCCAAUGGUUGAGCCUUGCCAAAUUUCCCAUGGCUCUUUACAAGGCCUCUGCCGUGAGCCUCCACAGCAAUGUGUACCUCCUUGGAGGCAUUCCCAUAGGCAGUGGAAAGAACCAAGUCAGUAACCAUGUUUAUAUCUUCUCACUCAGACUUAAUCAGUGGAGGCUGAUUGAACCCAUGCUGGUUCCACGCUAUUCCCACAGGAGUGUUGCCUAUAAAAACUACAUCUUUGCCAUUGGAGGCAUUGGUGAAACUCAAGACAUCUUAAAUUCCAUGGAAAGGUAUGACAGCAUCUACAGUGUUUGGGAACAUGUGGCAAACAUGCCGGUCGCUGUUCUUCAUCCCGCUGUGUCUGCCAAAGACCAAAGAAUCUACCUCUUUGGAGGAGAGGACAUGAUACAAAACCCUGUCCGUUUAAUACAGGUAUACCAUGUGUCUAGGAACAUGUGGUUUCGAAUGGAGACAAGGAUGGUGAAGAACGUCUGUGCGCCAGCAGUUUUGAUUGGUGACAGGAUUUAUAUUGUUGGAGGUUACACCAGGCGAGUAAUUGCUUAUGAUACAAAGGUCAAUAAAUUUGUGAAGUGUGCAGAUAUGAAGGAAAGAAGGAUGCAUCAUGGAGCCACAGUCAUCAAUGAGAAGCUGUAUGUGACAGGAGGUCGCUGCCUCACCAUUGACAAUGCCAUUGAAGACUCUGAUUCACUAGAUUGCUAUGACCCCAGGCUGGACACUUGGGUUUCCAAGGGGCGACUGCCACACAAACUUUUCGACCAUGGAUGUCUGGCACUACAGUGUGUCCCUUACGCCAAGCUCUGUGAGAACAGAACAGAAGGGAAAUGAGUCUUCCUUACCCAGUGCAAAAGGCCCAGGUUAUUAACCAUUUGGAAAAUGCUGGUAGAGUCUCAUGAUGGGAGGCACCAAAAAAGACCUGCAAAUAGGAUAUGCAAGUCUCUGGUUCCAAGUCCAAUGUCUUGUUCUGUUAUGAGGAAAAAGUGAGGUGUUUACCUAGGCUGACAAAUUUGGAGUGAAAUUAAUGGAUAGCAAAUGGCUUCUCAUCUCAUUGUAUAAUCUUUAUAUUGUUUAACUGUAAGGAAAUGAUUUAAAUGCUCUAUCUCAAACAUCAAAUGUACUGUAUUCUCUCUCUAACCUUCUGUGGACAUUCCUCUCAACUCCAAAUUCUGAAAAGCUGUGACAGAUAAAGCAAGAGAUCGGCAACAGAUUUAAUGUUGGUUCUGUUAGCCAUAUGAUCUUAAAUCUAGGUAUUCUUGCUUUCUUAGAAUCCACCUCCUAUGAACAAUGAAAAGAGCUGGGCUUUUCAUAUUCUAUUUAUCAAGGGAAGGGAGAUUUAUAUCAUCACCCCAUACCAUAGUUUCCCUCCUUGGAUGAGUCUGUUUGACAUUGGUAGCUUACCUGAGAUGUGAUAUUAUAGUUGGGCAUUGGUAGGCCAUGGUUUACACUAGUAGCUUACCCCAGAUGUGAUAUGAUAGUUGGGCAUUGGGAAGCCAUGGUUGACAUUGGUAGCUUACACCAGAUGUGAUAUGAUAGUUGGGCAUUGAUAGGCUAUGGUUGACAUUAGUAGCUUACUCCAGAUGUGAUAUGAUAGUUGGGCAUUGGUAGGCUAUGGUUGACACUGGUAGAUUGUCCCAGAUGUGAUAUGAUAGGCAUUGGUAGGCCAUGGUUGACAUUGGUAGCUUACACCAGAUGUGAUAUGAUAGUCGGGCAUUGGCAGGCCAUGGUUGACACUGGUAGCUUGCCCCAUAUGUGAUAUGAUAGUUGGGCAUUGGUAGGCCAUAGUUGGAAACAGCUUGAGAUAUACUCCAACUUGGAGGCAUUAACCAUCUCUGCAAUAAAGGAGUGGUAGAUUCUGGAAGAGAGAGACAAUAACAGCUUGUGAUCAGAUUCAGAAAUAAUAGGUCUGUUGAGCAGAGAAAGGUGGUGGGAGAUAGGAAUGUCAGAAGAUAGUGAGGCCAGGCUCAUGUCAUGAGUCUAUUUGUUCUGUUCCUUGCCUCACAUUUCUGUCUUUUUCUCUUCUGCUGUGGGGUUUAAGGUUUUCACUUUAUUCCACCAGGAGUCACUAAGUAGUUGAUGUGCUAUGUCUGGGUUCCUUGUGCCUCCAAGACAUUUCCAAACUAUGGCAACCCUAUCACCAUCAGGCAUUCAUAUGCAGAAAUGGUUCUAAGAGCGUUGUUUUCUUUAUGCUAUAAUGUGUUUAUAAUUUUAAUGCAUUUCUCAUUUCUUUUUGCCUAAACAGACUUGACAGAAUUAUGAAAUAAAUAGAUGCAAAGAUAAACAUGUA